CUGAUAAUCCCUCCACUAAAACCGGGGGGCAUAGCCGUCGCCUGGGCAAAAUCGUGGCGGCUGUGUUGGGAUCCAUCAGGAUGCAUUUUUGUCCCUGCCCUGGAACCCUUGCGAGCUGACCUGUUUGAGAAUCCGUAACCGCCCGUCUCUCACUUUCUCGCACUCGCUCGCUGUCCUCUACCUCCUUUCAAGAUCGACUGAUAGUUGAUGCUUUGUGUUGAUUUCUGCUCUUGUCCUUACCUUACUGUCGCUGUUUUACUAGCCUUUGUCCCUCGAGAGUGAUCUGCCUACCGAGAUUUCUUCGGGCGCGCAAUCAGUGUCGACGUCACUGCACAUCUGACAGCCUGCCAGCCGCCAGGCACGAUUUUAACCUUUGAGAGAAACAUCUCCAGCUGUGGGAGGCAUACGUGCGCAUCGGACCGGCGAACAGCAUGUGGGAGGACUUUGAGUUUGAUGCCGAAAGGAUACCAGCUUUUAAGCUGGGUUUCCACCUUGCCCAGGUUCUCUUUGCAUUCGUAUUGUGGUGUCUCGAGAUCGCCGUGUUUCGAGCACAAGAUGCAAGGAUUGUGGGCAACAAUGGUUGGACCUUCGCAGUGUUCUUCCUCUCGGUACCAGCCUGGAUCUACCUGACCAUGGCGCCCCGAUUCCCGCGCACGCGAAAGAUUGCCGAGCCGCACGCCAUGCUCAUCGUGGACGCCGUCUUCACAGUCAUCUGGCUCUCCGCGUUCGCUACCCAGGCCGCCUACAACACCGCCAACCUCUGCGGCACGGCUUGCGCCAUUAGCAAGGCCAUCGUGGGCCUGGGAUUCUUCGUCUUCCUCUUCUUCUGCGUAACCACUUUCUUCAGCAUCUGGACGCUGAAAUACUACCAAUGGAACAACCGGCUGCCGGGCUACGACCGCGCGCAACUCCCCGCGCAGAACAUCGACCCUGACAAGGCCGCCUUCUCCCUUGCGCCGCACGACGAGGAGGCGUACGCGCCCGUCCACAUGAACGACCACGACCACGACCACGAUCAUGACCAUGACCAUGACGAUCCGUAUGGCGGGCCCGGAGGAGCCGGGCGAUCGGAUUACUCGGACCCGUACGGUGGCAGCGUCGUUGGUGGUCCCGCGCGGUCAGACUACUCGGAUCCGUACGGCGGGGCAGGGGGUAGCCAGGUCGGCGGCAGCAGCAUCGUGAGCGGCUACCAGGAUAACCCGUUCCGCACGCACGAGGCGGCGGCGAGCCCGUUUGAUCACGACACCGAGUACCAGUCGGGCAGAGUGUCGGCUGCUGGGGGACGGUACGCGGCGCCGUCGGCGGCUGAUGAGUUUGAGGAUCACACGCAUCCCGUGACAUUUCCCUCGGCGAACUAUGAUCGGAUUGAGAGGUAGUAGGGCUCAACGACGUGGUUUGGUUUAAAGGGUAGAGUAUAAUGUUCGAUGGCGCACAUAAAACGUGGUUGGUUAGUGCAGAAAGACGACUAUGUCGGAUGGGAUCCAGGAGAACCACGGGUUGGUGGCCGGAUGGGUUGGUUUAGUAUUUGGGCUUCUGGUUUUUGCUCCGUCUUCUGCGUUUCCUAUGCCCGGCCGGGCUACACUGGGACAGCGGGCUUGGCUUCUUAUCUUGCGGUGUUGCUGGCGUCUUGAUAGAACAGAGAAGUGAUACCAUAAACAUGGAUGAUUUAAAAUUUUCAUCGGUUUUAUA